AUGGCGGACUUACCGAACGCAGAUGGAGAGAAUCCUAAAAGGACACUAGUAUUUGUGAAUCAUGUGGAUUUAUAUACUGGAAAAAGUAUAAGCAAGGUGAGGGACAUGCUGUUGCUAUAUCUGUUUCGUCUGAAGAACCGGAACUUGAAGCAUCUGGAGCAGAAACUCAACUCUGGAUUUUAAGACACAGAACUCUUUGGUCCUUUUAUCAAACAGAUCUGACUUUGAUGUGUUGUGGUGCAGGUUUUCUGCUUAUGAAUAAGCGCUUUAGUUUGGAAAAAAUGUUUUUUUUUUUAACUAGUCGAGUUUGCAAUCAAUCCCCGUAGCUUUAAUUUAGUUUUGAUAUCUUUCUUUACUUUUCAUAGAUAUUGACAGAGUCUGUGGUUGGUGCUACAGCAGAAGAAGAUGAAGUUAAUGAUGAUGAGUCUCAAGCUAGUGGACAGCCCCAAAUUCCAAAGGAAAAUUGUUACAAAGUAGUUGGUACUUUACAGGAUCCAACACAACACAAACCAAAGUGGGUUGAUGAAGUCUUUGAGGUAUAUAUGAAUUGACGUCAGCCUUAUUUCUUAGCUAAAACCUUGCUAAUUAACUUUCAGUCAUAAUGAUUUAUGUUUUAUUACACUUUUGGAUGUAUGUAUACUUCUGUGAUCUGUCCAUCUAAUCAUCUGUUAAGUUAAAUGAUCAGACUAUACUGUGGAGUUAUCUGACAUUGGACGAUCUGGCUCUAGUUGUUCAAAAGGAGGGUAAUCUGCGGAUAAGUGUCAAGAAGACGUAAUGCGUUAUUCAGCGAAUAGAGGUUUAUCCAGUAGAUAGCUUUAUCCACCCUUUCAACAACUGGGACCUGACCUGUAAAGCGAUUUCAGUGGAUAACUCUCAUGUUUACUCUGCAGUACAAUACGAAAGAAGAUCUGCUUCCCCAUUUACUGGAGUGCGACAUUAUUGUGUAUGACAUAACUGGGAGUCCUGAUCAGGUAGAUGAGGCUACUUGGGCAGUGUCAGGUAAUUUGUUAUUUGUAACCAAUGCACCAGCAAUAAAUUUAUGUGGAGUUUAAUUUCUUUACUCAUCAAGAACAGAACAACUACAAGAUUGGAGAUAAUAUUAUGAAUAACACUGGAAAUACAAAAAACAUAGGAAUUAUGAAUAACAUAGGAAAUGCAAAACACUCUAUGAAAGGGCAAUUUAUGAGACAAGUUUGGAGUGCAACUGGCUUAAGAACAUACUCUUGAUAAAUUUUUCAACUCGAGCUCACACCUCUUAUUUGCAUGAUCUGCAUGAAGGUCAAACUCAUAGGGAUAGCCACAUGGAUUGGGGCUAGGCAGGGGAUUGGUUUCUACAUUAUUCAUGUUUUUUUUCUGACUAACCUUCAAUCAAUUGAAUUAAAAUUCAGCUCAGCUAGGUUUUAAACAGCAAAUGGAUAAAGAGGGUUAGUUUUUGACGGAGCUGUGGUACAUGCUACCUUGGUAGUUUUAUUACUUUCAGAACAAAUGGCUUAGGACUAACACUCUGAAUGUCAGCUUUAAAAACAAAUGUUUGGUCAAUGUACAUUAUCAACUCAGGGAUUAAACCAAGUUAUCUAAGUUUUAAACAGCCAGUCUUGGGUUCAACUUCUGUACAGGCCUUAUUUUUUUUUCUCUCAGGCUUUGUUUUCAUCACUCCUUUAGUAGUGUUCAUAACUACAAUGACCACUCUCAUCUUCAUUUAAAUCAUUAAUCUUAUUUGAAGUACCAGAAAUUGAGCAGCAUCCAUAGAACAAAAAGUUGUCAUCCUUAAUUCAAUCUAAAACUGCCCAGAUCACUUAUAUUGCCUCUGAAUAAUUUAGCUUAACCCUUUUCCUUCAGAAGUGAUCAGCAGUUUAAUUAUCCUAAUAAUUUUAGAGAACUUUUAUCACACAGAAAAUAAGAAUAGAGAAAAUUAUCAAAUUGAUCUUUGGUGUAUUUAGAUAUGUCAUCAAAUUCACAACACUCAAUUAAGUUAUUCAAGAAAUUCAAUGUUAUUUAACCCUUAAACUCCCAAGAUCUCAUUAGUAAUUCUCCUCACUGUCUGCUAUACAAUUCUUCUGAUGUUACUUCUGAGAAUUUGGUUUUGGAUCAACUAAUAAUCCCCUAAUUGAUACUUUUCUUGGUUCUUGUUACUUGUCUUCUUGAUUUUGUAUUGAUAUUGUAAGGAGAAAUUCAGUCUUGGUCACUAAUGGGAGUUAAAGGGUUGAGUUAGCAGAAAACUCUUUCAGAACUUUGGGGAUAAAGCAUUUAUAAUGUCAUAUAUGUGAUCCUUUUGCAGCCCUUCAUGCAGAACUGGAGAAUUUCAACACAUUGAAAGUAUUCAUUUGUUUAUCAACUGUGAUGACAUGGGCAAGAAGCAAACCACUUGAUCCUGUGAGUUUCCAUGGUUGUCUUGCUCUUAUUCUUUUACAAUUUAAUUGAAACCUUCAAGCAAAGUACAAACUUAAAAAAAAUGUACACUCUACCCAAAGGAAGUUUACUGUUUCCCUUGGCACUACUAUAUUCAUUGUACAAAUUCAAAGUUUCCUGUCAACUAAUAGGCCAUUUUACAGUUGUUUACUUAGUUGCCAAGCCUUUGAUUUGGAGUGAGGCUGAAGGUGACCUUGUUGUGAUAGAGACCAGUAUCUAGUUAGCAUGAUAUCAAAGUAAUUUGCAUUUGAAAAGCAGCAAGGUUUGUAUCAUAACAAGGUCACCCUUAGCCUCAUUCCUGUUCAAAGGCUUGGCAACCAAGCACACAACUGUAAAAUGGACUAUUGACCACACAAUCUAUUUCUUGGUUGUGAUGUUUUGUUUUUCACCUUAGAAACCAUGAUAUUCUUGCAAAAUCGUGAAGGAAAUAAUGACAAUAUGUUAAUUUUCAGUAAUAAUUUUUCAUUUGCAUUCACACAGGAUGACCCAGAGAUAUCAUUCACGGAGGAUGACUACCGCCGCAGGAGAGCCCAUCCAAACUUCAAAUCCCACAUCAGUGCAGAGAAGCUUGUCAUCAAACAUGGAAAAACAAACAAGUCCAAGUUUAUCACUUACGUUGUGGCAGCAGGUUUAACAUAUGGAUCAGGAGAGGACAUCUUUCACUUUCUGUUUAAAACAGCAUGGCAUGGUCAGGCGCCUGCAUUGCAGUGUUUUGGCAAUGGCCAAAAUAUUGUACCCACCAUCCACAUCAAAGACCUGGCAGCAGUAAUUGUGAAUAUUUGUGAUCAGAAUCCCAAAGUACGCUAUCUGGUGGCAGUGGAUGAGUCUAAGAACACUCUUGAAGAAAUUGUCAAGGUAACUAUUGUUUGCGUAGUUUUUUGUCAAGUCAUUUUUUGUUCCAUUUUGAUUCAUAUAUGACCUCUGAGUAAUUACUAUGAGGAUUGAGGAAAUGAGGAAAUGGGAACUUGGAAUUAAGGUUUGAUUCUUAGACUUGGCAUCAGAGGCAGGUUGAGUUUGUUGAUGGGCCUUGUCCUUGUUCUAAGGGUUUUUCUCAAGGUCCCUUGGUUACCUCCUCCCCCCUCCUUCCCUUCUCAAAACCAAUAUUCCACUUUCUGAUUUCACCAUGGAAAAGUGGACAAAAGAGCCAUUUUUGUUAUUGUUAUUAUAAUAACUGGUUUUUUUUUCAUCAUCAUAUGACUUUAGAGAGGAAAAAUUAAUGGUAGUUAGUUAUUUUUAAAUUGUUUGAUGCAUUGUUUCAGGCUGUUAGUUUACACCUUGGAAAUGGAAAAGUAAAGAAUAUCACAAAGGAGGAAGCACUUCUUAUUAAAGAACUUGAGGUAUUAUAAUCACGUUUUUUCACAUGAAUUUUUUUGCUACUGUGAACAAUUUUUUGUUGAUUUAAGUGCUAGUAAUUAUUAUUUAAUUAAUAUUAUUUUAAUUUCCUUCCUUUUGAAGCAAGCUGACUUUGACUUGCUCCUAGUCAAUCUGAGAAUGGAUGCCACUUACAUAAAAGAGGGAAUGAAUAUCAACUGGGUGUCAGAAGUAAGAAAUAUUCAUGUAACCAUUAUAAGCCUCUAACUUCCAUGAGUGACCAAGACAGAAUUUCUCCUUAAAAUAUUAUUUCAGUGCUGAUUUGGUAUUCCUCUUUCUAUUAAGAGAAGCACAGUCACUACACAUGUAUGCAACUUUGAUGUUUUUAGUAGAGGUUCUUGUUUUGAUAUCUUUUAUUCUCACUCUUUUUUCUCUUAACCCUUUAACCCCCAUGUGUGAUCAAGACAGAAUUUCUCCUGACAAUAUCAAUGCAAUAUCAACCAGAUGAGUUAUGAGAAUAAAGAAAAAUAUUAAUUUGGGGAGAAUCAGUUGAUCCAAUCCUAAAUUCUUAGAACUAACAUUAUAAGAAUUGUAUGUUUGACAGUAAGGAGAAUGACAGGGUUGAAGGGUUAACUCUCAAAUCCCCCUACCCUCCCCUCUGAUUUUCUUUUGGAGGGUAGGGGGGUGGCUGUAGAGUGGCUCUUAGUUAGCUAAGAGAGCUAUGUACAGAGAAGCAAUCUGCCUGAAUUACGCAACAAUGGAUCAACCAUCUACAAAGAUGUAGAAACAUACAUAUAUUACCAGGAACUUAGAAGUGUUAAGAUUUCCCAAUUAUUAAAUCCACAGACUGGACUUACAGAGAACAUUGAUGGUGUCAUUAAAGAGUAUAAAGAAACAAGGGGACUUUUGGUAAGGUCUCUUGCACAUAUACAAUUAAUUUACCUGUAAGUACUUUCAUGUAGGAGUCAUACAGUGUCCAAAUGGUUAGUGAGCUGAACUCUGGGUCUUUUUUAAUAAUCACUUGUAUGGUUACAGACAGAAUUGGACUCCACUCAGUCCUGUUACCAUUAUUUAUUAUCUUCCUAGAAGGAUUUGUAGAACCAACAUUGCAUUUUUUUGACAAUUCAGUGUCAUUGGUAUCAUUGCUGUACUGGAAAGUUUGCUGAAUCUCUUUUAUUUUAUUUGCAUUUUAGCCUCUCAGGGCAUGCAUCAUUGGCCCCCCAGCAUCAGGAAAAACUCUGGUCAUCAAACAGCUUUGUGAACACUAUAAACUUCAUCAUAUCAAAAUUCAAGAUGUGAUUGAUGAAGCUGUGGAUAAACUGGUAAGGUCAAGGCUUCAUGGAAAUCAUACAUGUUCAUCUGUAACAUUGUAAUUUUUUGUAUGAAAUUGAACUUUUCACAGCACGUUUUGGGAGGGUAGCAAAUGGAUGGGGGGGAAAGGUCACACACGUCACGUGUACUGUAAUCUGUAUUUCACGCGUCGCGAAAUCUCGCCUUAUCUUUCCUUUCUGAAAAAUUCCCACUUCACGUUUUAAUUUUGGGCUUAAUCAUGCGUCGCGCAUAAACAAACACUUUGCCACCCUUUUUUAUUAUAACAACGAUAAGGUAUUAAUAUAAGGCGUAUCCAUGAGUUCUUUAGAUCUCUUUUAGAGCAUUCCACACUACAGCCAAGCAGUGUGACUAAAAAAAGGUUAUUCCUGACCUUUACUUCAACUGUAAAGUGUUCAAAACCUCCUUCUGAAGAUCUUGUGAAAUAACUCUGUUGUGGUUACACUACAAGAAGAUUGACGACAACCAAGAUACCGAUGUAAAUCUGACACAUUAAUCAUUUGCAGUGCUAUGUUUUUUUUAGCAACGCAGUGCUGCUCGUGCAGAAGCCGAGGGAGGUGAUGAAGACGAUUUAAAGGCGCAAGAAGAUCAAGAAUUCCUUGAGACUCUUCAGGACAGCAAGGAUAGAAAUAGUGGUAUGAGAACACAUGAUAAAAUCCAGCAUUUUUAUAGUCAUCAGUAGAUAUUAGCCGUCGAUCGUGCAUUUCGAGUAAUCUUAAAUUAAAGCGUCAAACUCUCGGUUCGUGGAAAUGCGAAAAAGCGGAGAGUGAAUAAUGACGGGGAUAAGUCAAGAAGGCGUGCGUAAGGCACGUGCGAAAUGCGAGUCAAACGGUCGUCCUCUCGCACAUGACGCAUCCCUCCUGCUUGAUUUUGUUCGACACUGUAUGGUGGGGAUCAAUGCAUGACGUGUACGGCGCGUGCACCUCGUCUUGAUUCUACUCGACAUAAUGGAGGGGAUUAGUCAAGGAGUAAGCGCACGCGAAAGGCGAGUCAACAGUCGUCCUCUCGCGCAUGACAUGCCCUUUGCGCGCGCCUCGUGCUUGCCUCUGCUCGACGAAAAACGCAAACAAAACGAAAGAAGAAGACGCUCUUUUAGCAGGCUAUGGGAACGCAAUGAAAAAAAUUCAUUGGGAUGAUGGCUCAGGAGUGCAUAAUAAAACAUUGUUUAGAGCUUCUCCCUCUUUUUUUCGUUGGUUUGUUGUAUGAAACUAAUUUUCAUUUUUUUUUUUCGUCUUUCCACUCAGCUCGUUAUGAAGAUCAGUACAUAAUCAGGUUCUACAAAGACAAAUUGCAUUCCAUGCCUUGUCAAAACCAGGUUCGUUGUAUUACAUUGUGUGUCUAGCUGAAUUUAAGUACUUUAGUCCAUUAUGAGGCACGAACUUCCCUUACAAAAGUUAGAGAUGUGGUCCGAUAGACUCACAUCGCACCCAAGUAGUUAAAUAAUUAAUUCUACCCAUCCUAUAGUAUCCUACUUACAGUUUUCACUGACAACUGUUGCUUUCAUUUGUUUUAAUUUUUUCUUGUUUUGAUCACCUGCUAAUGUCGUUUUCUGUUAUAACUAGGGUUUUAUCUUGGAUGGAUACCCAAAAACAUAUGAACAAGCCAAAGAGUUAUUUGCAGGUAUAGCCUGAAUUAGGAAAUAUAUCUUGUCUUAGCACUUCAUGUCUGCAAUACUUGUUGUUUGUUAAGAGUGCAGCUAAAAGUGUCUCUCAGGAGCUGAUGCCAUGCUUUCAAGGCGCCUGAAUUAACUUGAAAUUCUUCAUCUCAAAUCAUCCUCCUUCGUUUAAGUUUUUUUCUUUUGAUUGUUUGCCCUCCUUGGGAAAUUUCGAUUUCUUGAUUUCCUUGUGAGUGAAAACAAUUUUCUGCGUUGAAACAGGCAUUAAAAUUUCAUUAUAUCGCUGAAUGUACCAGAAGAGUAAUCAACGUAAUUUGGCGAACUCACAAUAAACCUUUCCAAAACUCUAUUAUUAUAAGGGAGAUAUCUUUUACUUUUGGCUUCUUACCACAGCUUUUUUUUGUUAUUGACAAGUCUACGCACAACCCUCCCAAGACCUUUUUUAAUCCACUUUCUCAGCCAUAACUGUAUUUUUAUAUAAACUGGUGUUUUUUGCUGUCCAGAACAAUUUUCAACCGAGUGAUUGCAUUGGAUUUUCAAGAGAUGCUCCGUGAUUGGUCUAGAAAUCCCGUGCUACCCUCUCAACCAAUCGAAUGCACGACUGAGACCAAACACGUCUUCGUCGCUAGCGUUUUCCCGCACUUCAUUCAGUUUAUAUGGUGUCACUUGGAAUUUCUAUUGGCUCGUUGUGACAUUUCCCUUCAUUCUGGUUGGACUACUUGGGUAUUAUUUUUUACGACACUCGUCAAUUAUAGAACGCUCAACAUUCUUGUUUAUUUUUUUUGUUUUUUUUUUUCAGCUGAAGAGGGAGAAGAAGGCGAGGAGGACUCACCACUCAGUUACGACAAACUCAUCAUGCCAGGUGAAGUGAGCGCCAUAAAUGUAUUAAGAAAUAUACCAACUUUGGGUUCGGUCAUUGAAGCAUCUCAGCGGGAAGGGAUCUUAAAUCCUUAAAACUUACCGGCUAAUCUAAUCUCGCGCUCGUAACUGGUCCAACUUUUUACAAUGCUGACUGAAUUCCGUUCUGGAAUUUUUCCGCUCCAUUCGCGGUAUAGGGGAGAAAGGCAAAUCAGCACAACUGUUUAUUUACCAAAUUUCACCUGGUUAGUGGUGUCUUAUGCUGAGCGAGAUUUUUUUUUCUUUUCGUCUAUGCAGAGGUAGUGGUUUCACUUGAUGCCCCAGACGAAUUCUUAAAAACCAGAGUGAUGAACUUACCUGAAAGUGUCGUCGCUGGUACACACAAUACAGAGGAAGGUGAGAUAAUAACAGCUAAAAAAAAAAGCUAAGUGCACGUUGGCUCUAUAGUAAGGUUACAAUUUUGUUGCGCAUUAGUGCUCAUGAGUGGGGUAAAUUUGCCAAUGAGGUAGUUUAAAUUCACUUUAGAACGACAGUAGUAAGUGCGGAAGGUGUACCGCCGUGGAAACUAGAAUCAAGCAUCUUAAUCGGGUUAGAGAAUUGAACAAUUUUCAAUCGAGUGUCUUAAGUAAUCUUAAGUAAGUCUUAAUCCGGGAUUGCUUUGAUUUGCUGUACCUCGCUCCAUGAUUGGUCUAGAAACUCGCGCCACUCUCUCAACCAAUCAGAUUCAAAAUUAAAACCAAUCACGACUUGGUCGCCCGCGUUUUCCCGCGCUUUAGGAAGUUUGGUUGGUUUUAUUCUGAGUUCUCAUUGGCUCUUGAGGGCACUUUCCUUUCUUCUGUUGGCCUUUGUGAUAACUUUGGUUUUAAUAAUGUAACACUCGAUCGAAAAGCGCUCUAACAUGAUGUGGCAACAAGAGAAGAGACCCGAAAAUCAUUGUUUUCAACUUUUACCAAGUUAUCUAGUAAACGAAUGAAUUGGUUAUGCGGAAUGUGCAAGGCAGUUGCUUACUUUCUUGUUUUCUUUCUGUUUGCCGUAAGGACUUUUCAACUGUUUUUUUUCUUACGGUUUGUUUUCCCCGUGCAAUUUAAGGUUUGAUGCGGCGACUGGCUGAGUUUCGCGCCACAAACACCGAGGACGAGACAGUAUUGAAUUAUUUUGAUGAAUUGGAAAUCCACCCAGACCACAUCGGUGAGUGGAUCAUAGUAUUUUGGUCUCAGGGAAAGACGUUGAAAUAUUUAACUUGAGAAGUGCAGUAUUCAACCUUGUCGUAAAUGAUAAAGUGGAGUUCUAUUCACAAUCUAUGUACAAUGUAUUUCUUGUGGAGAAGAUCUGAUAGAAAAGAAAAUAUGAAUUUAAGGGUUGAUUUCUUGAUCUGAUACUAAAUUCAAUUUUGUGAUUUUAAAAGAAAUGUAUAGGCAAGUUUAGAGGAUUGAUAAUCAGAUUGUUGAAGUUCAAGAGUUAACAGGCAUUUGGUCAGCUAUGCAGCUAGCCAACACGUUUCAAACAAUACAUGCCUUCUGGAGUUGAUUACUGCUAAAAUGAAUAGGACACAAAUAAAUUAAGGUGGUACAGUACUGAAGAUAAGUUUUUCACUUUCACUUACCAUCAAAAACUUAACCUUUGCCAGACAUAACUUUGGAUAAAACAAGAAAAAUGACCAAAGUAGUGGAGCAGAUCAAAAAGCUGAUGGGAACGCCGAGAAAUUACGGUAAGAACAUAACUGUGAAAUCAUCCUAAAUGAAAAAUAUAGGAUAGAAAUCAGAAAAUAGUAACUCUUUGGAGAAUAUUUUUUUCCGGAAUCAGAAAUUUGAUGACGGUGAAUUGUCAUUGAAGCGUGACAAAUUUCCUUUGGGGGAGGAGGGGCAGGGGGUAACUUGUGAUGGAUAAGUAUGCCAUCCAGAGAGAGAAACAGUAGUUUUAGUCGUUUGACCCUAAGAACCCUUAGAGUGACCAAUAUGUUAUUUCUCCCUUCAAUGCCACAUCUGAAUCAAACAUCAAGGUCAUGAGAAUAAAGGAAAUGAUAACAAACCUAAGAAUUCGAAGUUCUUGAUUGCUAAACAAAUUCUCCUUAUCAGCACCUUAGGGAAUGUACAGUGGACAGUAUGAAGAAUAUGCAUACUGAUGUAAGGGUGAAAAGCUUAGGCAACUAUGUGGGCAAAGAAAUAUGAACUGCGUAGGAGUUUACACAAGACCAACAGUGAAGCAUUGCUUUAUUUGUCCUUAUGUUUAUUGCAUUAUUGUUUUUAUUAUUAUUGUUAUUUAGGUCCAACACCAGAAGAGUUGGCAGAGAUGGAAAGAAUUGAAACAGAGAAGCGGGUACGUUGUUCACAUUUUGAGCGCCUUUGGAGAAAUUAAAUCUAUUGAGAAGAAAGGGUGAACGAAUUGUCAAUUACUAUGGCAACCACUUGACAUGUUCUCGCAAUAGUUGUACUUUUACGCUCUUUAUGUUAAUGCAGUGGUUGAAUUUUUAGAGUGGGACUGCAAUCUUUUCAAGGGGAGUUUACAAUAUUGUUAAAAUUCAGUCUCUUUUUUUUUUUUUUUUUGUUCGUGCAGCUUGAAAAGGAACGAAAAGCACGAGAAGAACGUGAAAAACGAGAUGCAGAAGAAGCGGCUGAGAGACAACGACGGGAGGAAGAAUGGGUACGAGUUAUAACUGUUGUUGAUGUUUUUUUUGUAUUUAGCUUUAAGACUGGAACAUUUACAUGUACGUCGUUGUCAUUCAAGUGAGAAAGUUACCCUUGCUUAACUAAGAUAAGGAGAUAGUUAUUUGCCAGUCACGUGCACAACAAAGCUCCUUCCAGCGUUGAGAAUUUAAUUAUGAUUACACAAGUCGCCUUCCCACCUUUUCGUUUUCGCUUACUUUGUCUGCUAGUUUGCGAGCUUGCCUUCUUUACCAUCGCUGCACGACGAGGGUAACACCGAACGCGGUAGAUUUAAGACAAGUCGAGGGGAGGUCUACCAGGAGUCUGGCACUAGUAAUAUGUAUCAGUGCUAUAUCACUUACAGACCUCAUACCGGCUCGUGUUACUAAAGGCCUCAAACUUAUUCGUGUGCGAAGACACGCUUGUAUUGAAGCCGACUCAUAAUGACGGCCUACUCGAAAAAUGUUCAUCUGCAUAUGCCAGUGGUUGAGCUUACACUAGCAUCGUACCUCUAAAAAACUCCUCCACAGCCCGGAAUUACUUAGUUUUAAGUAAUGGAUUUUUUUUAGCGUGUCCAAUUGUCAGAAGUGAAACGUCAGGAACAGGAGUUAUUAGAAAACCAAUCCAUUCCCCUGAGGAACUAUCUCAUGAAGCACGUUAUGCCGACACUGGCCCAAGGCCUCAUAGAAUGCUGUAAAAUGCGCCCUGAUGAUCCAGUCGAUUACUUGGUAAGUUCUGAGCCAGAUAUAGUGUCACUGAGUUUGUAUUCCAAACUUGUAUUGGUUUUGCUUCUCUGUGCUUUGUGAUCAGUCAGUGAUUAAGGACCACGUGUCAAAUUCCUAACCAAUCAGAUGCCAAAUGAAUCAAUGAAUCGCGACUUAGUCACUUGUGCGCGUUUUCCCACGCUAGUGACCGUCUGUAUGCCUUUACCUUGACUUCUCAUUGGCUCCUUGUGACAUUUCCCUUUGAUCUGAUCGGUCGUGGGGAUUUAUUUUGUUUUGUCUCAAUGACACAUCUUUCUUUCUUUUUUUCUUACUUUUAUUUUAGGCUGAGUAUUUGUUCAAGAACAAUCCACAGAUUGAUUAGACAAGCGGGGAAGAUCCAAUCAACGAUAAAAAUUUUGUACAGUUGGAUGGCAAAGGAAACUCUUCAUUGCUGUUCGUUUUUAUAGAUACACAGCCCAUGCUUAAGUUUAAACCGUGUUGAAGAAAUCAUGGAAAUUUUAGCAGUUUUCUUUCCUGUAAAUAAGUAUCACAAUAAAAGUUGUAUUCAGUUAAUGUUAUCUGCCAAAAAUGUUGUCCUUGACUUUAGUCGAAAGGACCAAGCUUAAACAUCUCUUGUUAGAUACCUCAUCUUUGUAGUAAUAGACUUGAACUGCAGAGAAAUCAGAUUCAAUUUUCUGUGCAGCCAACACAGAUGAAGCCAGACCACCCACUUUCGCUGAGGUUGUUGCGAAACAGCUGAAAAUCGUUCGUUACUCUGCCUCUAUUUAAUCAAGCUUUACGCGAGCGAAGGCAAAUGAAGAAAUUAGGCGUGAGACUGCAUUUGGUAAAUGAUGUAGCGUAAUUUUUAUAACAUUGAAAAGAAGUAAAGGUUGCAUUAUGACGCUAGAAGGUA